UGCAGUGAAUUAGCUGACAAAGACAAUCAAAUGUCAGAGUAUGAAGCAGAAUAUGACGAUUCUGAUGUAAUUCCUGCAACACCAGAACAUAGUGCAAAUUAUGAGCAUAAAUCAGAUGUACCGGUAGCUGUGACAUCUCCAAAACAUAGACAAGAUGAUGAGGUCGAUGAUAUGUUCGAAGAUCUAUUGCCUCUUGCAGCCAGCUUUGACGCUUUUCCAUCUACACAGAAUCAAGGUUUGACAGAAUUGACGACUGUACAUGUAAGGAGCAAAAAAAGGAAAACCUUGUCAUUGAAAGAAUCCAGCUGCAGGGGAAGAGACCAGCGCAUAAAGGUUCUGCAAGAAUUGACAUGUAAUGACUUUGUUGAGGACACAUGCACAGAAAAUUACUCUCACUUAGAAGAGCCAAGCCAAAGCAUUUUGCAGAGGAGAGUAAUAUUAGAGACACAUGAUAAUGACACUUACGAGUAUUAGAUAAUAUUUUAGUUAUAACUAAUUAAUAAUUAAUUAGUAGUUAUAACUAAUUAAUAAUUAAUUAUAACUAAUUAUUAAUUAAUUAAUAGCUGUUUUAUUUGUAAUAGCUGCACUACGUAUAGUAAAAAACCACGUUACCAUUGUGUUUUAGCCAGCCUAUGUUCAUUCACUGUGCUUACAGGACCGCGUUCAAUCUACUUAUCAAUCAGAUAUGUGAUUAUAGGACUGCGUCUGACCUUCUCUUGAAUCAUAUAGGGUGUGAUUAUAAGACUGCCUCUGACCUUCUCCUGAAUCAUAUAGGGUGUGAUUAUAGGAUCUGUUUCAUGCAUACCUCAUGGGUGUGAUUUCUAAGAUCCCAA